AUGGCUCAAGAAACAACAGAAACAUCACCGUUAACGGAGAACUUCCGAGUCGGCGUAAGAAUUCCACCCUUCUACCCAGAGAUGCCAGGUCUGUGGUUCAGCCAGAUGGAGGCGCAGUUCACCCUGGCCAACAUCAGAACCGACGAGACGAAAUUCUUUUACGUCGUCGGCAACCUGGACGCCCAAUACGCCGCGGAGGUAGAGGACGUAAUUUCCUACCCUCCGCCCGCCGAUAAAUACGACAAGCUUAAAGCUGAGCUCAUCAAGAGGCUGUCGGCGUCACGUGAGAAGAAGGUGAAGCAGCUUCUCAUGCACGAAGAGCUCGGAGACCGAAAGCCUUCACAAUUCUACCGGCACCUGCUCAACCUGGCCGGCCCCGGAGUACCUGAGGAGUUCCUGCGGACCAUCUGGACGAGCCGCCUGCCCAGCUCCACUCAGGCCAUCAUCGCAUCCCAGUCCAAGACGGAUCUGACUGAGCUGGCCGAGUUAGCUGAUAGGAUCCACGACGUCGUCGGUACCCAGUGCUGGAUUUACCAGCAGACUGAGUAG